AUGCUUAGCUUAUCCAGGCUGUCUUUUCAUAGCUUGAAGAGCUCGUUGCGCAGAAAUCUUGCUAAUGCUGUUCCAUCACGACUUACUUAUCAAACGUCGAUAUUACCUAAUGGAAUAACAGUUGCGAGCGAAUCUAUGCCCGGAACAAGAACUGCUACAGUUGGUGUGUGGAUAAAUGCUGGAUCCAGAGCCGAUAAUCCCAAAAGUAGCGGCACUGCUCAUUUCUUGGAGCAUUUGGCUUUCAAAGGAACGAAUCGAAGAACACAGUUGAACUUGGAAUUAGAGAUUGAAAAUAUAGGCUCUCAAAUAAAUGCAUAUACCUCGAGAGAGAAUACCGUUUACUAUACAAAGUGUUUAUCCAAAGAUUUGAACCAGAAUGUAGACAUUUUAAGCGAUUUGUUGACGAGAUCAAAGCUAUCACCCAGAGCUAUUGAGAGUGAAAGACACGUUAUCCUACAAGAAAGCGAUGAAGUGGAUAAAAUGUACGAUGAAGUUGUUUUUGAUCACUUGCAUGCAGUAACUUACAAAAACCAGGACUUGGGAAGAACAAUUUUGGGCCCUAGAGAGCUAAUCAAGACGAUAAAUCAAAACGAUUUGAAAGAAUAUAUAACAACAAAUUACAAGGGCGAUAGAAUGGCAUUAAUUGGAGUUGGUUGUGUUGACCAUGAAGAACUAGUUGAAAUGGGGAAACGGUUUUUCGGUCACAUAAAAAAGAGCGAUAAGCCAUUUAACCAAAGCGGGAACGACUUACCCAGAUUUUACGGGGAAGAGAUACGGAUCCAGGACGACGCAUUACCCACAACUCAUGUGGCCCUUGCAGUUGAAGGCGUAAGUUGGUCGGCACCGGAUUUUUUUGUUGCAUCAGUGGCAAAUGGUAUAAUUGGAACCUGGGACCGCUCAAUAGGAACCGGUUCUAGUUCACCAUCUCCAUUGGCAGUUACAGCGGCAACAGGAGGACCUGGCAACACACCAAUUGCCAAUUCUUACAUGGCAUAUACAACAUCUUAUGCCGAUACAGGUUUAUUGGGUGUAUAUUUCACUGCUGACAAAACUGCAGAUUUAUCAUUGUUAGUUGAUGCGAUACAAAAGGAAUGGGGAAGAUUAGCUUUGGGAAACAUCAACGAGGAUGAAGUAGAGAGAGCAAAGGCACAGUUGAAAGCAUCGUUGUUGUUAGCCUUGGACGAUUCAACUGCCAUUGCUGAAGAUAUAGGAAGACAACUUGUAAAUACAGGAUACCGUUUAUCCCCAGAGGAAGUUUUCGCACGGGUCGAAUCUAUUACAAAGGAAGAUGUUGUGAAUUGGGCCAAUUUUAGACUUAGAGGUAAGCCAAUUGCCUUGGCUGCCGUUGGUAAUGUUAAGACCUUGCCAUCGUUGUCCGAAAUUACCAAGGGCAUGCAUUUUUCUAAUAAAUAA